GGGGCUAAGCAGGCUAAGCUCCGAUCGUCCUUCUUCACGCCGCUCUGCCGCCGGUGUUCCUUUUCUGCUGCAGUGUCCCGGGCUCCAAUUCCGGAAGUGGGCUCAGGUCCUGCGGUUCCGGGACACAGGCCGCGACUGUCGCCACGGUGGCGGCCACUACAUCACGUCCCACGUCGGCGGCGCUGGACGCCGUAGUGUCGACGAGCCCGGAGCCCAUGACAGGCCAGGGCCAGUCGGCGGCCGGGUCGGCGGCGUGGAGUGCGGUGUUCCGCCACGUCCGGUAUGAGAACCUGGUGGCUGGCGUGAGUGGCGGGGUCUUGUCCAACCUGGCGCUGCACCCGCUCGACCUUGUGAAGAUCCGCUUCGCUGUGAGUGAUGGACUGGAAGUAAGACCAAAAUAUAAAGGAAUUUUACAUUGCUUGGCUACCAUUUGGAAAGUCGAUGGACUACGAGGACUGUAUCAAGGAGUAACCCCGAAUGUGUGGGGUGCCGGUUUAUCCUGGGGACUCUACUUUUUCUUUUACAACGCCAUCAAAUCAUAUAAGACGGAGGGAAGAGCUGAGCAGUUAGAGCCAUUAGAAUACCUCGUCUCAGCUGCAGAAGCUGGAGCCAUGACUCUCUGUAUUACAAACCCAUUAUGGGUGACGAAAACUCGCCUUAUGUUACAAUAUGGUGGUGUUGUUAACCCUUCACAGAGACAGUAUAAAGGAAUGUUUGAUGCACUUGUGAAAAUAUAUAAAUAUGAAGGUGUGCGUGGAUUGUACAAGGGAUUUGUCCCUGGGCUGUUUGGAACGUCACACGGUGCCCUUCAAUUUAUGGCGUAUGAAUUGCUAAAGUUGAAGUACAACAAACACAUCAACAGACUACCGGAAGCCCAGCUGAGCACAACAGAAUACAUCUCUGUUGCAGCACUAUCCAAAAUAUUUGCCGUAGCAGCAACAUACCCGUAUCAGGUUGUGAGAGCCCGUCUUCAGGAUCAGCACGUGUCUUACGGAGGUGUAACGGAUGUGAUCACAAAGACGUGGAGGAAAGAAGGCAUCGGUGGAUUUUACAAAGGAAUUGCCCCCAAUCUGAUUAGAGUGACUCCAGCCUGCUGCAUCACCUUUGUGGUUUAUGAAAAUGUCUCUCACUUUUUAUAUGACCUUAGAGAAAAGAAAGUGAGCUAAAAGAAGACCCCAGUGCAUGUGCUUGAGGCAGGAGCCAACUCCUUUGUGUUUGAAACACAAAGCUCAGAAGAAUACUGCACAGCAACAUAGCUCGUAAUCACACGUCAGGACUGCUAAGUCAUCUUGAUGUUUUCUGCUCUUUGCUUCUCCGUGUGUGUGGAGCGUGGCUGCCUCUACCUGAAGUGGGUACCAUCUGCAUAAUGUUGAAACUGAUACAGCCACUGUGAAAAUGUGUAAGAUCUCCUGUUUUGUUGUUCAGGUAGAAGCUAAUUUGCUGCAAUAUUUGUAAUUUAAUGAAUGUUCUUUUUUUCUGAACUCUCUUGCCUGGAUUGGCUUUAAAACUGACCAUGUGCAAUAGCAAGGAACUGGCUUCUUACAAGAAUGAUUAUAUUUCAAGGGUAAAUUAAACUUGGAGAACUUAUAAAUAAGGUGUUAUCCAAGUCUAGCCCAUUUUGAAUGGGGAUAUUUUUGUUAGAAAAAAGUCUAUUAUAAAUGUGCUUUAGUUUUUAAUCCAACUGAGACAUACUAAGUACAGAAAUUGGAGAAGUCAUGUAUUUCUCUGAGAAAUAUCUGGCACCUUUUGCCAUUCCAUUGCUUAAUUAUUUACAGUGAGAUUCUGGACACAGACCUUGUAUUUUGGCCAUAAACACUUAGUGUGUGGUUAGGGUGUAUAAAAGCUGAACUUCCAGCAUCUGGUAAAGCCUUUAUUUAGCAUGUAUGGUUGCAAAUCACUCAUCAGAAAUGCUGGCUCAUUUUUCACAGAGAUGGAAUGUUUGCUGUGAGUUUGUUGAAAAACUGAAUAGAAAUAAGCAUUCCAUUUUCCAUUAAUUUCUAGAUUUAUGGUUCCAGAUUCCAAAUAAUUGAUUCGUCUACAUUGGUUGCUCAAAUUCAGGUUGGAAUACAAAUUACAUCUGUCUGUGGCCAUUACUGAUUUGAUUUCUAUGUCAUUGUAGCUCUCCAGGUAAAAGGCCUGCCCCAAAGGAUGCUGGACUAAUACUAACUCCUGAUGCACAGCUGUCAGUGCUGUUGCGCUAUCCUCUACUUUUUGUAAAUAAAUCAUUAUGAUCAAAGCUGUAUUUAAAGGGUUCUUCAAAAAUAAGCCUAUUUUUUAUAUUUUGGAAAUAGAAUUGUUUUUAAAAUAAAAAAUGAAAAGAUCAUUUAUAUUUACAAAAAUGGUGUUUGCUAUGUCCUUUACCUUUAUUUUUUAAGUAUGUUUAUUCAGCAAAAAUGAUGCAUUUGUAAAUCAUGAUCACUGUAACAAAAAGCAAGGUUUUCAGCAUUUACAAAUUCCUGGCAUGUACCUUUUUUAGGUUCAGGGACAAUUCCAAGGAAUUCUUGGAAAUUUCAAAAUUACUAUUUUAAACACAGUCAUGACUAUAUCUACACUUUAUUUGGGUAUCUCAAAUUUUUGUUACAGAAUAAGAUACACUGAAUUUUGUGUAGGUUAGUUACUUACACUAGUAAGUAAUUAUUUAGUAGUUUACAAAGAACUACAGCCUACAGGAAUAAGCAAUGAGAAACAUAAUAUGUAAUUCAGAUUCCCCAGGUAAAUAACUUUAGAAUGUUUUAUAAAUUGUGCAUUUCAUAGUUCUGGAUUAUACUUUAACUUGUGUGGGAUUCUCCCUGAUACUUAUGUCUGUAUAGAAAGGCAAGCUACAGUGAUAUUAAAGCUUUAGAAAUAGAA